AUGGACGAACUCGUCAAACCCCAAUGGGAGGUCACAGACUACAGGACCUUUGUCUCUGGUAUUACCAAGGAAAUGUUGGAUGCCGCCAAGGUUGACUUUGCAACUUGCCAGAAACAAGUCCUGGCACUCUUGCACGGCAAGAUCCUUGUUGGCCAUGGACUCAAGUCGGACCUGAGUGUCUUGGGAAUCACCCAUCCAUGGUACAUGAUUCGUGACACGGCCAAGUAUGAACCCUACAUGAAGAUCCGCUAUCAAGAUGGAGGCUUGUGGCCCCGUGCUUUGAAAGAUCUCUGCAAAGAAAUGUUGAACCGUGAUAUUCAGGUACAGGGCCGUGCACACUGCCCCAAGGAAGAUGCCAUGGCAGCACUGGAUUUGUACAAGUGUGUCUUGGAACCAUGGGAAAACUCCAUGGAGUACCACUGGAACAGGUCCAUCACAAUGCAACGCCACAGGAUGGCGCGCCAACAACGUGCGGUUGUUGCCAUGUAA